AUGGCGGAGGAGAAGGUGGAAAAGGAUGUUGCCCUCGGCACAUCCUCUGCCGUCGACGUCGAAACGCCGAAACAUGUUGAUCCCACGCUGGAGAAACAUGCCCAUGAUGCUGACGAGGCUAUGAAGGCUUUUGAUGAGAUGCAGGGGGAGGCAAUUGAGCUUGAUGAAUCUACGAAUCGCAGGUUACUCCGCACGAUCGACUGGCAUCUGAUGCCGAUCAUGUGCUGCGUGUAUGGGAUGAAUUAUCUUGAUAAAACAACCCUCUCCUACGCAAGCAUCAUGGGAAUUAAAGAAGACCUCAACCUAGUCGGUGAUCAAUACCAAUGGCUCAGCAGUUUAUUCUACUUCGGCUACCUGGCCUGGGAAUACCCAACAAACCGCCUUCUCCAACGCCUCCCACUCGGAAAAUACUCCGCCUUUUGCAUCCUAAUGUGGGGCCUCGUGCUAAGCUGCUUCGCUGCCGUGAAAAGCUACUCCGGCGCAAUCGCCAUCCGCCUCUUCCUGGGCGUCUUCGAAGCAGCCGUAACACCCGGAUUCGCCCUGCUCACCUCCCAAUGGUACACAAAGCGCGAACAAGGCAGCCGGGUAAAUAUCUGGUUCAGCUUCAACGGAGUCGGCCAGAUCGUCGGCGGACUAAUCGCGUACGGCAUCGCAGUUGGAACAAGGAAGCAUGGUUCCUCGAUUGAGCCGUGGAAGAUCAUUUUCCUCGUCACGGGGCUCAUGACGAUCGCACUGGGAUUCGUGUUUUUGUGGAUUAUCCCAGAUAACCAGCUCAAUGCGCGCUGGUUGAAGAAGAAGGAUCGUGUCCUUGCUGUUGCAAGAGUCCGAAUUAAUCAGCAGGGGAUUGGGAAUAAGCAUUUUAAGCUUUAUCAAGUCAAGGAGGCCCUGCUUGAUCCGAUGACUUGGGCUUUCUUUUUUUAUGCGCUUAUUGCGGAUAUUCCGAAUGGUGGGAUUACGAACUUUUUUAGUCAGUUGAUCAACAGCUUCGGCUUCACGGAAGAGGAAAGCCUAAUCCUUGGUGUUCCCGGUGGCGCCGUCGAAGUCAUCGCUCUUAUUUUGAACGGGUAUAUCGGACACAUCACGAACCAGCGUCUCCUCUGCAGUCUAGGCGGGCUGGUCUCCGCCUUUGUCGGGAUGCUGCUUAUCGUCGCGCUGCCGCAGUCGAAUGACGUCGGUCGCUUGAUCGGGUAUUACAUGACGCAGGCGAGUCCAACGGCGUUUGUUGCGCUGUUGUCGAUGAUCUCGUCGAAUGUGGCUGGGUACACGAAAAAGACGACCGUUGCUGCGUUAUAUCUGAUUGGGUAUUGUGUUGGAAAUAUUAUCGGACCCCAAACAUUCCGCCCAGAAGACGCGCCGCGCUAUCUCCCGGCGGAAAUCAUAAUCCUCGUCUGUAUCGGCGUGUCGCUGCUUAUCAUGCUGUUCAUUUACUGGUGGUAUCGGAAGGAGAAUAAGCGGAAGAUGGAGAUUCAGUCGAGGCCGGAUUAUGUGCGGUUGGAGAAUCAGGAGUGGCUUGAUUUGACGGAUCGGGAGAAUCCGGACUUUUUGUAUGCCGUUUGA